AUGCUCUACAGCGUCCUGCCCACCGUCGUUUCGAACCAUCUUCCGACGAUACCUUCUCUCAGACAAUCUCUCAACGACGUACGAAACCGUGGAACACAUAGCAAAUCAGCCUCAGUCGACGAACUACCACAGCCCGAGACGCCUCCUCCCGGCUAUACGUCGAUACCCCCGAGUGGCUCGGUCACACCGCUCAGACUGUCAGUUGCGUUGGGCGAGGCAGACGUCGAGUUCGUGGACGAUGGACUUGACAGACCUGGCUCUUCAGGAAGCGCACUUCCACAGCCACAUGGUGCUCAUGAGGGUGGCUGUGGCAUCAGAUGGAAGUAUGCUACUUUAGGAACAAGCCUCAUGGCUCAAGCAUCUCGAGAAUCAAGCGAAUCGAUCAGUAGCCCCGACGAGACAUCCGCGACGCUGACCCGACAACUCUACAUACACGGCAUAACGUACCUACUGCGAGGGCUACCAACGAAGCUCACCCCAGAAGAGACAUUGAGCAUACAGGCGGCCCUUCCACAAGACGUAGUCGACACAACAAACGACGCGAAUACGCACGCGUUACUUCCAGUCUCGCAACGCAGCCCUAGUACUCAAAGGGCGCCUCCACGAGACCCCACGAUCCUGCACCGUCUGACUGCCACCCUCGUCCUCCAGUGCUUCAUCCUCAUACAGUUCCUUCUACCGUACAUUAAGCUAUUCCUAUCACACACCUACCAGUUCGAGAGGAAGCAUCAGAUCACCAAACGGCUCGUCAAUACAGGCGUCGCGACUGUCGAUGAUAUCGGACGGAAGACGCUGCGACUGUCGCAAACCGUGUGCCAGAUGAAUGAUGGCAUGGUAGGGCAGGCGAUCAACGAGAUGACCAUUUGGUGGGUUCGAGGUGUCACCGGAGGCGUUCAACAGGGUCUCGCGGAGGGAUUACAAGCUAUGAGGAUAGCGGAGAGCCAGCGGGGUGAGGAGAGUAUGGGGCGGAUCAACUGA